CUGGCAAUUCAGGAAAUGAUGAUCUCAACAAACAACAUAAAGAGGAAGAUAUACCUACAGAACCAGACUGUAAACGUCCGUUGUUGUCACACGCAGAAACCACUGAUGAUACAAGAGAUCUGCAACAAACAUUUGACGAAUUUGGGCUAAGGAAAAACAUAUAUGAAGUCAAAGAUACCGGUGUAUUUAGUGAAAUUGAGGAGAGAAAAGAAGGUUUUACAUAUCCUGUUAGAAAUACCAAGUUUGAGGAGAAGGAAAAAGGAUAUGGUGAGAUCAACAAACAACAUAAAGAAGAAAAUAUGCCUACAGGACCAGAUUGUAAACUUCCGUUGUCGUCACACGCAGAAACAACUGAUGAUACAAAGUAUCUGCAAGAAAAAUUUGACGAACUUGAGCUAAAGGAAAAAGUAUAUGAAGUCACAGAUACUGAUGUCCAUAGUGAAAUUGAGGAGAUAGAACAAGGUACAGAUCCUGAAAUGUUAGAUACAAUGUUAGAAGACAGAAUUCCAGGUAUUGCAGAUAUUUGUGCUCUUUAUGGACAUUACUAUAUACUGUAA